CUUCUUCUUCUUCUCAGUUGUUCUCGCUCCCUUAACAUUAAGUCAUUGAGAAGAGUGCAUAGAGGAAAGUGAAGACCAACAAUGGCGGCGGAGUGGAUUUGCAGAGCAAUUCGAGACGGAGCGUUGGAAGGCGAGCACGCGCCGGCUUUAACAAUCAAGGACAGCAUGCCCUCACCUCUCGGCUUCCACGUCUUCACUCACUUCCUCUCUCGGCAGUCCACCAAUAUCUCCGCCGCUAAAUCACAGUCACGAGGUCUAGUGCUCGUCGCGCUUUCCCGGAGUCCUUCGUUUUACUUGGACUUGUUGAGCAACAAGGGACUUCAUCGAGCUUCGUUUCCCCAGUGGAUUCGGAUUCUUGAUUGUUACUCGGAUCCUCUCGGUUGGAGAAAGCAGUGUGGGAGUGUGGCAAAACUCUCUGAUGACAUAGCUAGUGUUUGUGGGAAUGUGAAGGAUUUGGAUGGUCUUUUCUCUGAAAUUAUUUCACUAGGAAGAGGAUUUGUUGGACAAGGGAAAGAUCGGUUUUGUGUUGCAAUAGACUCUGUAAAUGAAAUGUUGCGAUAUGCAUCCUUGUCAUCCGUUUCUGGGCUUAUAAGCAGUCUUCGUUGCUGUGAUCAGAUUUCAAGCAUCUUUUGGUUUUGUCAUGCGGAUCUUUGUGAAGAAAGGGUAACUUCUACUCUUGAAUAUAUGUCAUCUAUGGUGGCGAGCAUCGAGCCAUUAAUCCAGUUUUCCAAUGGACAAAAAAGUUAUUCAGAGAAUCUUUCUUUACGUGAUCAAAAUUUUACUAAAGGGAAACUUCAUCUCCGUUGCAAGCGUAGAAAUGGACGUGUCCGAGUGAUGUUUGAAGAAAUUCACAUAGGGCAGUCAGGCAUCAACUUUACAUCCACUUCAUUUGAAGACGGAGUGAUCAAUCAAGGUCUUGUGCCCAAGGUGCAAUUUAGUUUACAACUAUCAGAGAAAGAGCUAAAGGAUAGGGCUAACGUGGUACUUCCAUUUGAACACCAAGGAAAUGGUAAACCUGUACACAUAUAUGAUGGGCGAAAAUCUCUAAGGGACAGCAAAUACGAGGUUGUUCCUGUACAGAAUGAGAAUUCAGAUAUAGAUAAGGAGUCUAGCAAGGGAGAAAUAAUUUAUUUUCGCGAUUCAGAAGACGAAAUGCCAGAUUCUGAUGAGGACCCUGAUGAUGAUUUGGACAUUUAGUGUUCCCACCCAUGCGCAAUGGUGCUCUCCAGCUUCAUUAUCAGUUAUAUCACUGACAAUCGGUUCUGAAGCAAUAUUUUCAUAUUUUGUCAUAUAUCAUUCUGCACGUUGGGCUUUUUGAGUCCUGCUGGCUGUCUCAUUGCAUGAUUGAGAAUCGAUUCAAUCUGGGUCUUGUGUACUGAUCAUCACUGUGGGGUUUAUUUCAGUGCUGGCUGGAGUGGCUGCUACAGGCUUGUGGCAUUUAGGCCAUGUGUUUCAUCACUCUUUAUGUAUAAUGUGUUCGACUUGAGUCGCUUUUGUUGAACUUUAAAUGAAUAUUUUUACAUGUAUUGUAGUCUGUAUCCCAUAAACCACAUGUGAAGGCUGAUGUACCUGUGGCCUUUGCAAGGGUUAAAUAGAAAUUAGAGUACUAGGGGGUUCUUGCCAAUUUUUUAUUUAUUUAUUUUUGCUAGACAGCUUUCAGGACACCUUUAACAUCCAAACGAGUGAAAAGGUGAUUGAAAAUGUCUUGAACAGCUGCUUCUAGACAGUUAGAUUCCACCCUACAGUCUGAUAUGCACAUUCAUUGUUUUGAGAAGCUAGAGGCCUUAUCUGAUGGCAGAGUUUUCAGUGUUUUGCUGAAGCCCACAAGGGUACAAUAACUGCACACUGCACAUUCAAAUUUGCAAAGUCUAAUUGACAGGAAUUUGAACCAGCUAUAAAAUACUUGUCUUGAAGCGUGAAGUGCUUGCCAACAUCCACAACAACCAAAGCCUGAACAGUUCCAUUGCCCUCCGGGCAGCCAAGGACAUAUUUGAUCUUCUAUGCCCAUAUCUGGUUAGUGCAGCUGAUGGUUACUACCAUCAUGUUGCUCAACCCCAAAGGACUCAUUGCCUAUGAUACGGGAUAGUAAAUCAACACAAAAACCUACCUUUCAGAUGCUCAUGGAUGGCUGAUAGAGAACAUUAACUCAUGGUUGGAAUCAGAGGAAUCAAUCUGGCCAAAAGGAAGUCUACAUAACCAUCCUUGAUGAGAUCCAUAACUUCCAUAACUUCACAUUCACCUUUCAUGGCAAGGGCAGCUACAGGUUUGGACACCGUGUCAUCAACAUACAUGAUAGAGAGGAGUAGAGCUGUUUUGAGUUUGAGGCAGAGGUC